AUGGGAGGAGGACGGCUCAGCCUUCCAGCCCCCGGGCGCGCCACUGAGGCCUGCGGCGCAGCGGGGGCACCUGCAGAACGCCCAGCCCGGAGCGUGGGCGUACACCGUGCGGCGACGCGCUUGUGGCUUGCAUGUGGCGUCCACCUUGAAACGAAGCAGCCUCGACGCUGGAAACUCGCUUCACCCGCCCCUUCGCCGUCCGCAGGCGGCGACUGCAUGCUCAGAACCCCCCGCGCGCUUCCCACGCCUCUCGGACUGCCGCCCUGGAAGCGCGCUCGCCCUGGAGGUCGCAGAGCGAGCGGCGCGCGCCGCGCUGGGCCUGUGGACCUGGAGGAAAUUGAAGCGGCGAGGUGGCUGGGACGGGCUCCCCCCACGGGGCUCACGGGGACGGCUGCCCCAGGCUGGGCGCAGAGGACAGCCGGGGCCGGGAUCUGCCAGGACGGCAGACUACGGCUCACGAUGCUGGCAGGACCAACAGCCGGGCACCUGGGCCUGGAGACACCGGAGGGACACUGGCCGCACAUGCGGGCUGCAGAGAUAGUGACCAUGGGCAGUCGUAGCCGCUGGGUGUUGGCCUGUGAGGCCGUCUGUGAGGGUCUGUGGAGGCCAGCAAGGGGCUUUCACAGCUGAGA